GCAGGUUGCAAGAUUGGAGAUUUGGGAGCUUUCGUUGUAUAAAAAUGAUGCGCUGUUGGGUCGAAUGUUUAGUACGGUUUUCGGUGAGAAGUGAGAAGAUUGUGCCUGAAAAUGGUUAAGUUUGCCAAAUCUUGGAUUUGGCUGGUGGUGCUGCUGGCAUCACUGAAGCGGUCUUACAGUACAGACUACUGCGAUCACAAACUUUGUCCCUCGGGAAAGGCACAUAUCGGGUGCAAGAACGAUGGAAAGUUGGGUCCCAAGUGUCCCAAGGGGGCCAAACCGAUAGAAAUGACCGCCCAGCUGAAGCAGCUUAUUUUGGAUACCCACAAUAAGUACCGUAGCACUCUGGCAACCGGUGGUGUAGAAUGGUUGCCGAAAGCGGCAGUGAUGCCCACCUUGACAUGGGACGAUGAGCUGGCCGAAACGGCCCAGAUGAACUCGAACCGUUGUAUUCGCGGUCACGACGCUUGCCACAACACCGAUUUGUUUAAAAACUCAGGCCAAAACAUUAACUACUUUGCGACCUCAGCAGAUACUAUUGACGUCAACGCGCAGGUUCCAAAUCUAAUUACCAGCUGGUGGGAUGAGCGACACGACGUCAAUCAGAACAUGGUUAAUACCAUGUACGAUCCUGGCAAGAGCAUCAUGGUGUUCCAUUUCGCCGUUUUGGGCUCGGAUAAGGUCAACAAGUUGGGAUGCGGCAUAACCCAAUGGAAGCCCGACAAAGGUUGGAUCCAGAUUUACUUGGUGUGUAAUUAUUCCUUUAAUGACUUCGUUGGAAUUCCAAUCUACGUCGCCGGCGAACCAUGUUCCCAGUGUACCAAGGGGUGCAAUACGAAGUACAAGGGAUUGUGCGCCGAGGAUGAACCAGUGGCACAAGUUAUCGACUAUCCGGUUUAGUUAGAGAGUCGUUUUAUUAUACAGCGAUGACCGAUGAGUGAAACCCUCAUUGAGAACAGAACAGCAUAUAGCGAUAAGUUGUUAUUUGAAAAAAAGUAAUAAAACUCGGUGCUGGGCA